AUGCUGCUUCUGCGACGUCUCACCGCAACCUUCCCACUUGCAGCCAACACACGCAUCUCGACGCGCACCUUGGCCAUGUCAACAACAGCCCCCUUCGGCCGCCUCGUGCGCUUCCAUCCUUCCUCCUCCCCGGACCAGAUUCAUGUCGGCGAGCCAGUCGACGCUGAAGUCGACGUUGGCCAGGCCGUUUUCAACUCCCGCGACGUGCUUGUCAAUAUCUUCUCUGGAACCUCGGUGCUCGAACCGGGCCGUCCAACGGGCGAGCAAUCCACCAUCGGCCAGCUGCUCUCCCCGCUCACCCAGAAGGAAGUGGGCACGAUCCGAUGCAUCGGGCUCAACUACGUCGAACAUGCCAAGGAGGCGGGCUUGGACAUCCCUUCCGUGCCGACAGUCUUUCUCAAGCCGGACACAGCCUUGGCCGGUCCAUGGCCUCAAAAGACGCUGGUGCCCAAGAGCCUGUUGCAGGACGAUGCGGCGGAUCACGAGGCCGAGGUGGCAGUGGUCAUUGGCAGGACGUGCAAGGAUGUUGAUGAGCAAAGUGCGCUUAGCUACGUGCUUGGCAUCACAGCAGCCAACGACGUCUCAUCGCGCAAAGCCCAAUUCGCUCAAUCCCAAUGGUGUUACUCGAAGGGUUUCGAUACCUCCUGCCCUAUUGGCCCAGCGCUCGUCCACAUCAAUGCUGUCAAAGACUUGAGCAAGGUUUCGAUCCAGGGUAAAGUCAACGAUGAUAUUGUGCAGAAGAGCGAUCUCAGCGACCUCAUCUUCUCCAUCCCAAAAAUCGUCUCGUUCCUGUCUCGUGGGACUACACUCCCCGCAGGAACACUCAUCUUGACCGGCACUCCAGCAGGCAUCGGCUGGACCGCCUCCCCCAGACGUACACUGCAAGACGGCGAUACAUUCACCGUCACCGUCUCCAACGGCGUCGGCUCGCUCAUCAACCAGGUGGAAUUUGAGAGCUGA